UUCAAUGGUCAGUCCAUAUUAUGUCAUCAUCGCAUUCAUCUUACCAGUCACUUUACCAUUGUUUGUUUUUUGACGUUUUUGAAGAUAUUGAACUUAAAUAUAUUGAAGAAAAUGCCGGUUAGGGUGGAUAUAACGCCUCCCCCGCCGGCAAACUCUAAACAACCAGGCGUUACAAAUUCUCUACUUUAUAAUGGAUCAAGAUUUCAAGGAUUUCAAAAGUCCAAAGGAAACAGAUACGAAGUGGAAGUCAUUUUCCAGCAUGUUGAUGAAGAAAAUUCAUAUCUUUGUGGUUAUCUACAAAUAAAUGGUUUGACUGAUGAAUAUCCAACACUGACGACAUUUUUUGAUGGAGAAAUUAUAAGCCAAAAGUAUCCUUUUCUCACACGAAAGUGGGAUGCCGAUGAAGAUGUUGAUAAGAAGCAUUGGAGUAAGUUUCCACUGUUUAGUCAGUAUGCCAAAACCUUCAAUACCGAUUCCUUCGACUAUAAAGCCUUGGCUGAUGCUGAUCAUGUUUUCAUGAGGUGGAAGGAGCAUUUUUUAGUUCCUGAUCAUACAAUAACAGACAUAAGUGGGGCAUCGUUUGCUGGCUUUUAUUAUAUAUGUUUUCAAAAAUCGAAAGCCAACAUUGAAGGUUACUAUUACCACAGAAACUCCGAAUGGUGAGUGAUAAGCAUUAAUUUUUCACUGAAU